CCUCCUCCCCCUCUCGUACCCCAUGGGGGACAUAAGGAGCAACAAGGGGGAAGUGGAGGUUUGACACAUAAACGGUAUCUGUGCCAUCCUGUAACUCCGGUCGGAGUGGCCGCCGGUGUGGGUGGAAUGCGGCUGCCCGUACUUGUGGCGCUCUCCAUCGUCUGCGCCCUGAUCCUCUCUCCGGCUAAUGAGGGCUGCGGGCCGGGGAGGGGAUAUGGUAGGAGGCGGCCACCGCGGAAGCUCACACCGCUCGCCCUCAAGCAAUUUAGCCCUAACGUGGCUGAGAAAACCUUAGGAGCGAGCGGCAGAUACGAGGGGAAAAUAACCAGGAACUCGGAGCGAUUUAAAGAACUUAUUCCGAACUACAACCCCGACAUCGUAUUCAAAGAUGAAGAGAACACAGGUGCGGACAGACUGAUGACCCAGCGCUGCAAGGACAAGCUGAACUCCCUGGCCAUCUCGGUGAAGAACAUGUGGCCGAACGUGAGGCUGCGCGUGACGGAGGGCUGGGACGAGGACGGCCACCACUCCAAGGAGUCCCUGCACUACGAGGGCCGCGCGGUCGACAUCACCACCUCCGACCGCGACCGCGACAAGUACGCCAUGCUCGCCCGCCUGGCCGUGGAGGCCGGCUUCGACUGGGUCUACUACGAGUCCAAGGCCCACGUGCACUGCAGCGUCAAGUCAGAUCACUCGGUUGCAGCGAAGACCGGGGGGUGUUUCCCGGGGCGGGCGUGGGUCACCACAGAGGGCGGCGGGGUGAAGGCGGUGCGGGACCUGCGGCUGGGCGAGCGGGUGCUGGCCUCCUCGGAGAGCGACGGCAGCGGGGACCUAGUGUUCAGCGAGGUGCUCGCCUUCCUCGACCGCGACCCCGCGGCCCAAAAGCACUUCGUGGUGAUCGGGGCGGAGGGAGGGGCCACGCUGUCCCUCACGCCCGCCCACCUGCUGUUCGUGACGGAGGGGAACUGCUCGAGCCGGGCGGCUGGGGGGGCACUGCGGACAAUAUUCGCCAGCGAGGCGCGGCCGGGACAGUGCGUGCUGACAGCAGCGGGGGAGGGGGCGAGGGGGCAGCUUUCGCUCAUCACCUGGGUGCGGCUGCGGGAGGACAGGGGUGCGUACGCCCCCCUCACCCGGCACGGCACGCUUGUGGUCAACGGCGUCCUGGCCUCCUGCUACGCCGCCGUGGAUCAGAGCCGCCUGGCCCACUGGGCCUUCGCCCCGCUCCGCCUGCUCUACAACUGGACCGGAACCGGUGGCCCCCAGGGGGUCGGGAUGCACUGGUACUCUCGGGUUCUGUACUGGAUCGGGACCUUGCUGCUGGACCCCGAGCACUUCCACCCCUGGGGCGUGGCCGACUCGGAGAGAUGAGGGAGGAAGAGGAGAGACAGGAAGUGAGGAAGACAAAUGAGGGACCUGCAGAGGAAGCAGAGAGGAGAGACAGAGAGAGAGAGCAAGAGGGAGACAAUGGUGAAGAUGAAAGGACAAGGAACAGGGUAGGUUAGAGGGAGGACAAUGAUGCGGUGAGGGAAAGAAAAAAGUGACGAAGAAAAUGCGAGGAAGAGAAGAGAAAAAGAGAGAUGGAGAGUUAGGAAGAGGGUCUGAUCUGAUCUGCCCCAGGGGAGGGCUCUCAGGAAAGCACAGAUGAUGCAGGAUCUUUUGGGAGCAUGGGCCAGGGCCUCCUACCCCAAUGGCAAAUACCAAGGAAUCCAAAUACUAACAGACACACAGUAAUUCUGAGGUAUGAUUCAUUGGCAGUGUUUAAUGCUUUCAGUCCUCAAGACAUUUACUUUUAAUGACGGCUACUUCAAAGAGGGUUCACCAUUAAGAUGAAGCUGAACCAAGAUGGAGCACCUCACCACAGAACAAGGACCUUCGUGCUCUGGACACUGGAGGAGACCGCACUCACACACACAAGCACACACACACACGCACACGCAUACGCAAGCACACACAUAUACACGCACACGCAUGCAUGCAUAUGCAAUUAAAAAAAUGUGGGGUUCAUUCACCCACACUCAGGUAAGCACCAGAAUAUAUCACUUGUUCUGUGGGAUCUUGGUGCUGCUACCCGCGGUAGCGUCUGGAAGACGUGCAGAGAGAGACUUGAGGUGUGCCCACUUCCGAGGGCAGGAACUGUACAGUGUGUUAUUGUGCAGCACACUCUAAUCAAAACCCCACUGAAGGACUGAAACUAAACUCUUAAGAGGACAUGGAAGCAGGUGAGUCCCAUUCCAGGCUCACCGCAGUGGCUACUCUGACUGGACAUCCGGACCAUCCACCUAUCUCUGUUUAACUGUCAUCUCAUCGGAAAAAUGCGUACAUGUCAUGUAUUACUGUAUUGUCAGAAAGUAUUUAACUAUUUUAAAGGAAUAUUUACUUUGUACAAAAAGAGAUGUGUAAAUGUUUAUGAUAUUAUGAUGUUUUGCGAAAAUGACUAUUUAAAGAUUUAUUUUUCAACAUUAAA